GCCAAAGUUGAUAUAGAGUAUCUUCAAUCACUGUUUGAGCAUGGCUUACCAGCAGAGAAUCAGCAAUGUGAGCAUUGCUUUGUAGUGGAGCCAACGUCAGCACGGGGCGAGAACUGUAACAAGGACCACCCCCAAGGCGUUGGAAAACUUACAACUGUUCCUUGUUUAGCCACGUGGCAAAUUAUUAUACCAGUUGACCUGAGGGCAAUCCCGUAUUACGUUCUAAUCGCGAUUGGAACACAUACGCAUGUACCGCCUCCUCCCUCUGUGGUUCAGGGUGAGUAUGUUGAGGAUCUUAAAGAUGUGUUGCGGCCAAUGCUCACCCCAGGGCUUACGAGAUCUCAAUUCCUAAACUCUAGAGCGCUUCAUGUGUAUCUUGACCAGCAUGGAUAUCGUUCAAUAGAGGACUUACAUGUAGCCUUUGCAAACAAGGAUCGAGUUUCAAGUAUUAUCAAGAGCGAGAAGCUUUCUACGUUUCCAUAUGGGGGUGGGCUUCAAAGUGUUGUUUAUGAGUGGAGGACAAGACAUCAAACCCCUGAAAUUGCGUAUAUCCGACAGAUUAUCUCUGGGGUUUCUGGAAACAUUAUUGUCUGUUUUUUUGACGAGCAGGCUAAGAUCCUUAUGGACCAGAAGACCUUUCAGAUAGAUAUGUCGUACAAAAGACUCCAAGGAAAGUGGGCUGAGAUUCUUAUCGCAGUCUUCCAUGGGCCGCAUAGCAGAAUGCUUACGCUUGGUCGUAUAGUAACUGACACAGACUCCCGGGACAUAUCCUUUCUUGGGUUCUGCGCCUUUUUCAAACUAGUUGGAGAGCGUACACAAAAAAUUGUCCAGUGGCAGCACCUCCAUAAAAAAGGGUUUUACGGGACUACCCUUGACAUGUGCAGCAAGCAGAUGAAAGGGUUUGGUCUAUAUCUCCAGACUAUGGACAUGCAGCAACGGGACUGGAGAUGGCAACUUGCCUCUUGUACCCGCUUCUGCCUAGCGCACUUUACGCGUAGUAUUAAUACUGCUGCCCCAACCUCUAGCCACUCAGAGGACUCUGUCUGGAGCCGUAUGAGGUCCCUCUGCCAAGUAGAGACAGCUGAGGAUUAUAAUGCAUUGUGCAACCUACUAAUUCAAUCCGAGGAAUCUGUAUCAGUGAAGAACUGGGCCCUGAACAAGAAGAGUCCUGUGAUUGCCGCAGGGAUUGCUAGAUGCUGCAGUCUGAUGACGCUAGACACUUGGAACACGUUAGAAACACAUACCAACGCAGCUGAGCAGGCUGGUAUGAAGGGAUACAGGACCGGCAUUCGGGUGUCUUUACUAGAGGCGAUACAGAAGUACGAUUCUUAUUAA